AUGGGUUACGACUAUGCGCUGGUGCACGUCAAGUACACCAUCCCUUUGGCGGGAUUACUCACUUUCAUCUCAUACCCUCUGUUUACGCGCCUCGAUGUCGUGAGGACUCUCUUCAUCGUCACAAUCGCUUUUACCGCCACGAUUCCCUGGGAUUCGUACCUGAUCAGAACCGGCAUCUGGACAUAUCCCCCAAACGCAGUGUUGGGACCGACCCUCUAUGACAUCCCAAUCGAGGAGCUAUUCUUCUUCGUCAUACAAACCUACAUCACCGCUCAGCUCUACAUUAUCCUCAACAAGCCUGUGCUUCAUGCUCAGUACCUGAACUCCCCCGCCACGCUCCCGCAAUGGAUAAAAACGGCGAAGCCUCUCGGCCAGCUAGCCCUCUUCAGCAGCGUCGUCUUGGGCGCAUGGCUGAUCGCCAAGGAGGGUGAAGGCACCUACCUGGGCCUGAUUUUGGUUUGGGCGUGCUCCUUUGCGCUUCUCACCUGGACUAUCACGGCGCAAUUCAUUUUGGCUCUGCCAUUGGCUUGCACCGCUCUACCCAUCCUACUGCCCACCAUCUAUCUAUGGGUCGUCGAUGAGAUGGCCUUGGGCCGCGGCACCUGGGCCAUUGAGAGUGGCACAAAGCUUGAACUAAAGCUUUUCGGCAGCCUCGAAAUCGAAGAAGCGACCUUCUUCCUUGUCACCAACAUGCUCAUUGUCUUUGGCGUGGCAGCCUUUGACAAGGCCGUCGCGGUCUGCGAUGCAUUCCCAGACAAGUUCGACAAGCCAGCCGACGCCCUAUCCAUGUCAUUGCUUCGAGCUCGUGUUUUCCCCUCAUCUCAGUACGACAUGGAGCGCAUCUUGGGCAUCCGCCAGGCGGUCACCAGACUGGCCAGAAAGAGUCGUAGCUUCCAUCUCGCCAGCUCCGUCUUCCCAGGCCGCCUACGGAUCGACCUGACGCUGCUCUACUCCUACUGCCGUCUAGCCGACGAUCUUGUCGACGAUGCCGAGACCCCUGACGAGGCCGCAUCCUGGAUCUCCAAACUCGACCGCCAUCUAAGCCUGCUCUACAAGGACCCCGACGCGACUUCGGCACCGCUCGCCGCAAAGUACGCUGCCGAAAACUUUCCAGAAUCAGCUCUCUCGGCUCUGGACCUCCUCCCCUCAUCGCUCAUACCCCGCGAACCCCUCGCCGAGCUCCUCAAGGGGUUCGAGAUGGAUCUCUCCUUCAGCAAAGACACCUUCCCGAUCACGGAUCCCGAGGAUCUCGAGCUCUACGCUGCCCGCGUUGCCAGCACCGUCGGACAGGCGUGUCUCGAGCUGGUCUUCCGUCACUGCCAGCACAAUCUGCCCGAUUACAUGCAAGCCUACCUCCGCAACACAGCGCGCCAGAUGGGCCUUGCGCUGCAAUUCGUCAACAUUGCGCGCGACAUUGCAGUAGAUGCCAAGAUUGGCCGCGUCUAUUUACCCACAUCCUGGCUCAAGGAGGAGGGCCUGACGCCCAAGGAUGUUCUCGCGAACCCCAACAGCGAAGGCGCCGGCAAUGUGCGCCGUCGCAUCCUCGCAAAGGCCUUUGACCACUACGGGGAGGCGAGGGACUCCAUGAAGUGGAUUCCCUCGGAAGCGCGCGGCCCCAUGGUCGUCGCCGUGGAGAGCUAUAUGGAAAUUGGCCGGGUUCUCAUGCGCAACGGCGGCGCUGCAGCGGACGGGAGUGGGCGAGCUACGGUACCCAAGUCGCGUCGCAUCUGGGUUGCUUGGAGCACACUCAUGACCGCUUAG